CCGCCGUGCUCCCCGCCCAGCUCCGGCUCGGACGCGCUUCGGUCCGCGUGCUCUAUGGGGAAAGCGGCCGCUCAGAGUCGAGGCGGCGGCUGCAGCGGCCGCUCGCGAGGGCUGUCGUCACUGUUCACUGUUGUCCCCUGCUUGUCGUGCCACACGGCGGCUCCAGGCAUGAGCGCUGCCACGUCCGGCUCCGGGCUGGAGCCCAAGCCUCAGCCCCAGCUGGGUCCGGCCCCGGAGCGGGAGUCAUCGGAACGCGUGCGGAGAUCCGACCCUGGGUCCAGGACGUCGCCUGAGCCUCAGCCAGGCUCUGAGCAGGGAACGGAACUCCAGGGGCUGCGGCCGAGGUCAGAGUCGGCCCCCGGUGCAGCGGCUGGGUCGUUCACCAGGACCUUAGCAGAGCAGCUGACCCCGCUGGGGUCAGUAGUGGAGAGCGAGCUCCUGUUCAAACCCGAGUCGUUGUCAGUGCCAAAGCCCCUGCCUCUUCUGCGACCAGGACAGGCGAAGACGCCUCCUGGGCUUUCAGUGUCAGGCACUGGCUCGAUCUCCAGUGACCCAGUGGUCUCUCUGCCUCUGGACAGCUACAAGGGCUGGCUUCUCAAGUGGACCAACUACCUGAAGGGCUACCAACGCCGCUGGUUUGUGCUCGGCAAUGGUCUGCUCUCCUACUACAGAAACCAGGGUGAAAUGGCCCACACCUGCCGUGGAACCAUCAACCUGGCCACUGUGCACAUCGGCACAGAAGACUCCUGUGGUAUCUUGCUGACCAGUGGAGCAAGGAACUACCACCUCAAGGGCAGCUCAGAGGUGGACCGGCAGCAGUGGAUCACUGCCCUGGAGCUGGCUAAGGCCAAGGCUGUCCGCAUGAUGAACACCCAUUCAGAUGACUCUGGGGACGACGACGAAGGGAGUACCUCCCCAACUGACAAGAGCGAGCUCCAGCACACACUGAAGAAUCUCUCCCUGAAGUUAGAUGACCUUAGCACAUGCAAUGAUCUCAUUGCCAAGCAUGGGGCGGCACUCCAGCGCUCCCUGAAUGAGCUGGACAGCCUCAAGAUUCCCUCGGAGAGUGGGGAGAAGCUGAAGGUUGUGAAUGAGCGGGCCACCCUCUUCCGAAUCACAUCCAAUGCUAUGAUCAACGCCUGCAGGGACUUCUUGGAAUUAGCUGAGAUACACAGCCGGAAAUGGCAGCGGGCACUGCAGUAUGAGCAGGAGCAGCGUGUCCAUUUGGAAGAGACCAUUGAACAGUUGGCCAAGCAGCACAACAGCCUUGAGCGGGCCUUCCGCAGUGGCCCUGGUUGGCCUGCCAACUCCAGCAAGAGCUUCAGCGAGGGAAGCCUCUUGACUCUCAAAGGAGAGGAUAGUGAGGAAGAUGAAGAUACCGAGUACUUUGAUGCCAUGGAAGACUCUACAUCCUUCAUCACCGUGAUCACUGAGGCCAGUGAAGAUAGAAAAGCUGAAGGUGGAACCAGCACAGGUGGAACUGUAGAUUGGACCACGGCAGACAAUGUAAGUGAGGUGCUAGAUGGUGCCUCACUUGUGCCCAAGGGCUCAUACAAAGUCAAGAGGCGCGCCCGCAUCCCUGACAAGCCCAACUACAGCCUUAACCUUUGGAGCAUCAUGAAGAACUGCAUUGGUCGUGAGCUCUCCAGGAUCCCCAUGCCAGUGAACUUCAAUGAGCCCCUGUCCAUGCUCCAGCGGCUGACCGAGGACCUAGAGUACCACCACCUGCUGGACAAGGCGGUACACUGCUCCAGUUCCGUGGAGCAGAUGUGCCUGGUGGCUGCCUUCUCUAUAUCCUCCUAUUCCACCACUGUGCACCGCAUAGCCAAGCCCUUCAACCCCAUGUUGGGGGAGACCUUUGAGCUGGACCGCCUGGAAGACAUGGGCCUGCGCUCCCUCUGUGAGCAGGUGAGCCACCACCCCCCAUCAGCUGCCCACUAUGCAUUUUCUAAGCACGGCUGGAGCCUCUGGCAGGAGAUCACCAUCGCCAGCAAGUUCCGGGGAAAAUAUAUCUCCAUCAUGCCACUAGGUGCCAUUCACUUAGAGUUCCAGGCCAGUGGAAAUCACUAUGUAUGGAGGAAGAGCACCUCAACUGUGCACAACAUCAUCGUGGGCAAGCUCUGGAUCGACCAGUCAGGGGACAUUGAGAUUGUGAACCAUAAGACCAAUGACCGAUGCCAGGUGAAGUUUGUGCCCUACAGCUACUUCUCCAAAGAGGCAGCCCGAAAGGUGACUGGAGUGGUGAGUGAUAGCCAGGGAAAGGUCCACUACGUGCUGUCAGGCUCAUGGGAUGAGCAGAUGGAAUGCUCCAAGGUCGUGCAGAGCAGCCCCAGCAGCCCCAGCUCUGAUGGGAAGCAGAAGACAGUGUACCAGACCCUACCAGCCAAGCUGCUGUGGAGGAAAUACCCGCUUCCGGAGAACGCGGAGAACAUGUACUACUUCUCUGAGCUUGCACUGACCCUCAACGAGCCCGAGAGCGGAGUGGCGCCCACUGACAGCCGCCUGCGGCCGGACCAGCGGCUGAUGGAAGAGGGACGCUGGGACCAGGCCAACACCGAGAAGCAGCGGCUGGAAGAGAAGCAGCGCCUGUCGCGGCGCCGCAGACUGGAGAUCUGCACACCAGGCCGAAGCUGCGGCAUGGAGGAAGCAGAGAAGGAGUCAGAUGGGUAUGUCCCGCUGUGGUUCGAGAAGAGACUGGACCCGCACACCAGAGAGACGGCCUACGUGUACAAGGGUGGCUACUGGGAGGCCAAGGAGAAGCAGGACUGGCAGUCGUGCCCCAACAUCUUCUGAGUGCCACCCCUGCAGCGAAACACAAGGCCUGCACAGCCAGGCCCACCUUUUCUUUCAUGCACUCAAUUCAAUACUGAAUGCCUCCCCCUAUUUUCUUUCCUCUUCCCUGCCCCCUUACAGGAAAACGUUUGGGGCGCUCCUACCUUAGAAGGGGGAAGUGCUGGCCCGGGUUCUCUCCAUCUCCUAGGUGCACCGGGUCACCUGUGCCCCUUCACCAUGGUCUUGGGCCCCAUGGGCACCCCAGCUCCCACUUAUAACUCAGGCUGGCUGGCCUAGGCCAUGGGAUGCCCAGGUCACCAGCCCCAACCCAGGGAGGAGCUGGCCCUUCCCUGGGAACCUCUUUUCACUUUUUUAGAAAAAGAAAAAUGACCUUCCUUUCUUUCCAGCCGUGAUGUUUAGUAUUUUUAGUACAGCACUUAGCAGACAGCCUUCCAAGUGUGCUUUCUUGCCACAAAAUUGACCUGGCAAGAAUCCCUUUUUAAGACAUCAGGAAGCCAGACCCCUUUGAAUUGGGAACAUUUUGUAGCUCAACAUGGAAGGCCCGCUUUCUACCUGAGCUACCCAUCCACCUGGAGCAGAAGGGGUCUGCCCUGGGCCAGCGGAGCACAAAUGGUCUUUGGAGUGACAAUCCGUGAUUGGGGUGGGGGACUCCUGAGCGCCCCCGUGUGGACUGAGGACAGCAGCUCCUUGCCCAGUGUUGGCCAUGCUGGGGCAGCACCCUAGCCCCAACCUGGCCAGAAAGGGCGGAAAGAGAGCGCCCACCGGUGCUCCUCAUCCUGAGAACCAGGCCCCAAGUCAGCAAUAACAAACAAACCCUCUGCACAGCCUGGGCUGGUGACCCGGGCACCACAGACCUGGUAUCCCACCUCAUCCUCAGGUGGCUCCAGGGGUGGCCCGUCUCAGCACCCCCUGAACUCUUAUUUGCCUAAUUUAUAUAUAUAUAUAUGAGAUAUAUAAAUAUAUAAUAGCUAUUUUGCUUAAAUUUCUAUAGUAUGUAAAAGUGAAAAAUGAUGAAGACAGGGCACACCUGUCUGAGUUUGGCUCCCAUAAGCUGUGCCCUGCCCUCUCCUCAGACCCCUCCAGUGGCUUCUGCUAACCUUAAGGGGACUGGGCCACUGUGGCCACGGUCCCAGCCCUCAGAAACCCCUGCUCCAACUUUUCCCACUUCAGUUUGGUCCUGAAAGUUCACUGUGGGGGUUUUUCUUUCUACUCUAGGACUGGUUUUUUUUAUAAAAAACAAAAACAAAAACAAAAAACAAAAGUGAAAACACCAACGUGUGAAAUGCCUUAUGAUGCCCACUCCAGAAGGGCGGGCUGGGGGGCCGUGGAGCCUCCCCUCAGAGCUAUGGAACGGAGCUUCCUGACACUGUUUGUGAGCAAGCAGCUUUUGACCCCUAAUAAAAACCCUUGGCUUUGGAUUUUCCACUACCCUAUCCCUGAGUCUAUCUGUGGCUGGAGGAAGGGGACUAACAAAGGCAGCAGAUGACAGUCCUGGGGCAGCAUGGGGGAAGGAUGGUGGGGCUUUGUUCUGCUAGGUCUGUGCCAGGAAGGCUGCCCAGGGCUGAGCGAGCACCAUGUAUCACCAACCUAAGGGAAAGGUCACAGCUCUGCCAGGGGCUACCCUGAUGACUGCACCCAGUCUGCAUCAUCCCAGAAAGGCAGUGUGUGAGUCAACUGGAGACCUCCAGGGGCCCCUUUCUGUCCCUCAGUUUCUGGGGCUGUCUAGGAUGGGGUCAAGGCACCCACAGCCCUCCAUGAGUGUUAUGGUUUAGAUCCAAACCGUCCCUCCAAAGAUGGCUGGAUCAUGGGGCACUGUACUUACGGGCAAAUUCAUCUACCGGUGAGUUUAGUGGCUGAGGAUCCUGUUGGGAAGUGAGGCCUGACCAAAAGAGGGGAGUCACUGCAGGUGUGACCUGGAAGGGUGUGUCUCUCUCUCCCUGCUCCCUGCUUCCUGGCUGCCAUGACAUAAGCAACUUUCUAUUAGCAGGCUCUUCUCAUGCUGGGGUUUUUUUCAACCAUGCAUGGACUGGGAAUUCUGUGUCACAGUUCACAACCUGGCACACCACAACAAGUGAGAGAUUACUCAGAGUCAAUGUCCAAACUCUAAGAAGGUCCAGAGGGACUGCCCUUAACAGAGACCCCCAGCAGUGGGAGAGCCUCAUAAAGACAGCCCUGAACUGAAGCUUCUGUGGAUUUUUAUUGAUAGAAUCAGAAAACAUGGAUAAAGGUCAAAAGAAGGACAUCUGUACAGGAAUUCAUGUAGGGGACAGGGGAAGAACAGGAUGGUCUAUUACUUUAUUGACCUUAGGGACAAUCUAAGUCAUAAAUCAUUCUGAUUUAUGAGUAUGGGGAAGAGAGGGCCAGACCAUUCAUUCCUUAAGGCAGUGCGUUUUGAUUCUACUUGGAUUUUUGGCCCUGUAGGCUAUCUUUUAAUCUCUAACCAUGUGUUCUGGGAGAUUUUGGAUGUGUGGCUCCAGAAGUCCCUUGUCUCUGCAUCUCAUACAUGCCUCUGGCCAACACCCCCACACCUCUGAAACUGUGAACCAAAAUAAACCUCUCCUCCCUUAAGUUGUGGGUGUUGGGUACUGU